AUGAGCAAAGAAAAACUGGAGCUUGUUGUGAUGAAGUCUGAUAUGCAAAAACAAAUGAUCGCAUUGAAAGAGAAUCAACGCAUGGCCAAAGAGAGAUACAGUGACCUUAAAAUCAGAGAAAACGAGUUUAGAAAGAAUAAAACAGGAUUGGACAGAAUAGCUGAGAAGAUGAAGAAAGAGAGGGAACAAAUUCAUCAGCUAAACAUGGACGUUGUGACAAAAAGAGAUGAAGUCAAUGAUAACCGAUUUGCAAUGGAACAGCAAAAUAGGGACUUGAAUGUUCUCAGACAGGAACAUUGUCAAAAGUGCAAAGAGAUUGCAUUUGCCAGAACCAACAUAAGUACAGAGAUGGAAAAGCUACUCAAAAUGAAGGCUGAUUUUGAAACUGAAAAAAUACUGCAUGCCAAAGACACGGAGACGAUGGAACAACUACAAUCUGAGCAGAAAGUGUUGCAAGAUCACUUUAGGUCUUGUAUCCUGUCAAUGAGAAGAGUGACAGAUGAUUUAAAGGCAAAGUAUAAAAAGAAACUUGAGGACAUUGACAAAAAGGUUGUCAAAUUAGAAGCGAAAAAUGAAAGUAUGCCGAAAUUGUUGCUUACAAUAAAGCACAUGCUGGAAAAUAGUAAUCAAGGCAGAGAUCAAAUAUCAAUCAACAACAAACUAAUAGUAGGAGGAAAGAUUCAGCUGGACACUUUGCUUUCAAACAUUGUGAAAGAAACAGCAGAAACAAAACAUCUGAAAACAAAACUCUUGGUGGAAAAACAAAACCUGGAAAAACUGAAGAACAACAUUAAACAAGAGAGAGCAUACCUGAGCAAAGCCAAUAUGCUCAUGAGCAAAGAAAAACUAGAGCUGGCAUUGAUGAAGUCUGAUAUGCAAAAACAAUUGAUCACAUUGGAGGAGAAUCAACACAUGAUUAAAGAGGGAAACAUUGACCUUGAAAUCAGAGAAAAUGAGUUAAAAAAGAAAACAAUGGGACUGGACACAAUAGCUGAGAAGAUGAAGAAGGGAAGGGAACAAAUUCACCAGCUAAACAUGGAUGUUGGGACAAAAAGAGAUGAAGUCAAUGAUAACCGAUGUGCAAUGGAACAGCAAAAUAAGGACUUGAGUGUUUUUAGACAGGAACAUUGUCAAAAGAGCAAAGAGAUUGCAUUUGCCAGGACCAAAAUAAGUACAGGGAUGGAAAAGCUACUCAAAAUGAAGGCUACUUUUGAAACUGAAAAAAUACUGCAUGCCAAAGACACGGAGACGAUGGAACAACUACAAUCUGAGCAGAAAGUGUUGCAAGAUCACUUUAGGUCUUGUAUCCUGUCAAUGAAAAGAGUGACAGAUGAUUUAAAGGCAAAGUAUGAAAAGAAACUUGAAGACAUUGACAAAAAGGUUGUCAAAUUAGAAGCGAAAAAUGAAGGUAUGCCGAAAUUGUUGCUUACAAUAAAGCACAUGCUGGAAAAUAGUAAUCAAGGCAGCGAUCAAAUAUCAAUCAACAACAAACUAAUAGUAGGAGGAAAGAUUCAACUGGACACUUUGCUUUCAAACAUUGUGAAAGAAACAGCAGAAACAAAACAUCUGAAAACAAAACUCUUGGUGGAAAAACAAAACCGGGAAAAACUGAAGAACAACAUUAAACAAGAGAGAGCAUACCUGAGCAAAGCCAAUAUGCUCAUGAGCAAAGAAAAACUAGAGCUGGCCUUGAUGAAGUCUGAUAUGCAAAAACAAUUGAUCACAUUGGAGGAGAAUCAACACAUGAUUAAAGAGGGAAACAUUGACCUUGAAAUCAGAGAAAAUGAGUUAAAAAAGAAAACAAUGGGACUGGACACAAUAGCUGAGAAGAUGAAAAAGGGAAGGGAACAAAUUCACCAGCUAAACAUGGAUGUUGGGACAAAAAGAGAUGAAGUCAAUGAUAACCGAUGUGCAAUGGAACAGCAAAAUAAGGACUUGAGUGUUUUUAGACAGGAACAUUGUCAAAAGAGCAAAGAGAUUGCAUUUGCCAGGACCAAAAUAAGUACAGGGAUGGAAAAGCUACUCAAAAUGAAGGCUACUUUUGAAACUGAAAAAAUACUGCAUGCCAAAGACACGGAGACGAUGGAACAACUACAAUCUGAGCAGAAAGUGUUGCAAGAUCACUUUAGGUCUUGUAUCCUGUCAAUGAGAAGAGUGACAGAUGAUUUAAAGGCAAAGUAUGAAAAGAAACUUGAAGACAUUGACAAAAAGGUUGUCAAAUUAGAAGCGAAAAAUGAAGGUAUGCCGAAAUUGUUGCUUAAAUUUAAGCACAUGCCGGAAGAUAGUAAUCAAGGCAGAGAUCGAAUAUCAAUCAACACCAAACUAAUAGUAGGAGGAAAGAUUCAGCUGGACAAUUUGCUUUCAAAUGUAUUGAAAGAAUCAGAAGAAAUAAAACAUCUAAAAACAAAACUUUUGGGGGAAAAACAAAACCUGGACAAACUAAAUAACAACAUUAAACAAGAGAAAGAAAUCCUGAGCAAAGCUAUUGAGUUCAUGAGCAAAGAAAAACUGGAGCUUGUUUUGAUGAAGUCUGAUAUGCAAAAACAAAUGAUCGCAUUGAAAGAGAAUCAACGCAUGGCCAAAGAGAGAUACAGUGACCUUAAAAUCAGAGAAAACGAGUUUAGAAAGAAUAAAACAGGAUUGGACAGAAUAGCUGAGAAGAUGAAGAAAGAGAGGAAACAAAUUCAUCAGCUAAACAUGGACGUUGUGACAAAAAGAGAUGAAGUCAAUGAUAACCGAUUUGCAAUGGAACAGCAAAAUAGGGACUUGAAUGUUCUCAGACAGGAACAUUGUCAAAAGAGCAAAGAGAUUGCAUUUGCCAGAACCAACAUAAGUACAGAGAUGGAAAAGCUACUCAAAAUGAAGGCUGAUUUUGAAACUGAAAAAAUACUGCAUGCCAAAGACACGGAGACGAUGGAACAACGACAAUCUGAGCAGAAAGUGUUGCAAGAUCACUUUAGGUCUUGUAUCCUGUCAAUGAGAAGAGUGACAGAUGAUUUAAAGGCAAAGUAUAAAAAUAAACUUGAAAACAUUGACAAAAAGGUUGUCAAAUUAGAAGCGAAAAAUGAAGGUAUGCCAAAAUUAGUGCUAACAAUAAAGCACAUGCUGGAAAAUAGUAAUCAAGGCAGAGAUCAAAUAUCAAUCAACAACAAACUAAUAGUAGGAGGAAAGAUUCAGCUGGACACUUUGCUUUCAAAUAUUGUGAAAGAAACAGCAGAAACAAAACAUCUGAAAACAAAACUGUUGGUGGAAAAACAAAACCUGGAAAAACUGAAGAACAACAUUAAACAAGAGAGAGCAUACCUGAGCAAAGCCAAUAUGCUCAUGAGCAAAGAAAAACUAGAGCUGGCCUUGAUGAAGUCUGAUAUGCAAAAACAAUUGAUCACAUUGGAGGAGAAUCAACACAUGAUUAAAGAGGGAAACAUUGACCUUGAAAUCAGAGAAAAAGAGUUAAAAAAGAAAACAAUGGGACUGGACACAAUAGCUGAGAAGAUGAAGAAGGGAAGGGAACAAAUUCACCAGCUAAACAUGGAUGUUGGGACGAAAAGAGAUGAAGUCAAUGAUAACCGAUGUGCAAUGGAACAGCAAAAUAAGGACUUGAGUGUUCUCAGACAGGAACAUUGUCAAAAGAGCAAAGAGAUUGCAUUUGCCAGAACAAAAAUAAGUACAAAGAUGGAAAAGUUACCCAAAAUGAAGGCUACUUUUGAAACUGAAAAAAUACUGCAUGCCAAAGACACGGAGACGAUGGAACAACUACAAUCUGAGCAGAAAGUGUUGCAAGAUCACUUUAGGUCUUGUAUCCUGUCAAUGAGAAGAGUGACAGAUGAUUUAAAGGCAAAGUAUGAAAAGAAACUUGAAGACAUUGACAAAAAGGUUGUCAAAUUAGAAGUGAAAAAUGAAGGUAUGCCGAAAUUGUUGCUUAAAUUUAAGCAGAUGCUGGAAGAUAGUAAUCAAGGCAGAAAUCAAAUAUCAAUCAACAACAAACUAAUAGGAGGAAAAAUUCAGCUGGACAAUUUGCUUUCAAAUGUAGUGAAAGAAUCAGAAGAAAUAAAACAUCUGAAAACAAAACUUUUGGUGGAAAAACAAAACCUCGACAAACUGAAGAACAACAUUAAACAAGAGAAAGAAAUCCUGAUCAAAGCCAAUGAGCUCAUGAGCAAAGAAAAACUGGAGCUUGUUUUGAUGAAGUCUGAUAUGCAAAAACAAAUGAUCGCAUUGAAAGAGAAUCAACGCAUGACCAAAGAGAGAUACAGUGACCUUAAAAUCAGAGAAAAUGAGUUUAGAAAGAAUAAAACAGGAUUGGACAGAAUAGCUGAGAAGAUGAAGAAAGAGAGGGAACAAGUUCAUCAGCUAAUCAUGGACGUUGUGACAAAAAGAGAUGAAGACAAUGAUAACCGAUUUGCAAUGGAACAGCAAAAUAGGGACUUGAGUGUUCUCAGACAGGAACAUUGUGAAAAGAGCAAAGAGAUUGCAUUUGCCAGGACCAAAAUACGUACAGAUAUGGAAAAGCUACUCAAAAUGAAGGCUGAUUUUGAAACUGAAAAAAUACUGCACACCAAAGACACAGAGACGAUGCAACAACUGCAAUCUAAACAGAAGGUGUUGCAAGAUUACUUUAAGUCUUGUAUCCUGUCAAUUGAAAGAGUGAGAAAUGAUUUAAAGGCAAAGUAUAAAAAGAAACUUGAAGACAUUGACAAAAAUGUUGUCAAAUUAGAAGCGAAAAAUGAAGGUAUGCCGAAAUUGUUGCUUACAAUAAAGCACAUGCUGGAAAAUAGUAAUCAAGGCAGAGAUCAAAUAUCAAUCAACAACAAACUAAUAGUAGGAGGAAAGAUUCAGCUGGACAAUUUGCUUUCAAAUGUAUUGAAAGAAUCAGAAGAAAUAAAACAUCUAAAAAAUAAACUUUUGGAGGAAAAACAAAACCUGGACAAACUAAAGAACAACAUUAAACAAGAGGAAGAAAUCCUGAGCAAAGCCAAUGAGUUCAUGAGCAAAGAAAAACUGGAGCUUGUUUUGAUAAGGUCUGAUAUGCAAAAACAAAUGAUCGCAUUGAAAGAGAAUCAACGCAUGACCAAAGAGAGAUACAGUGACCUUAAAAUCAGAGAAAACGAGUUUAGAAAGAUUAAAACAGGAUUGGACAGAAUAGCUGAGAAGAUGAAGAAAGAGAGGGAACAAAUUCAUCAGCUAAUCAUGGACGUUGUGACAAAAAGAGAUGAAGUCAAUGAUAACCGAUUUGCAAUGGAACAGCAAAAUAGGGACUUGAGUGUUCUCAGACAGGAACAUUGUCAAAAGAGCAAAGAGAUUGCAUUUGCCAGAACCAACAUAAGUACAGAGAUGGAAAAGCUACUCAAAAUGAAGGCUGAUUUUGAAACUGAAAAAAUACUGCAUGCCAAAGACACGGAGACGAUGGAACAACGACAAUCUGAGCAGAAAGUGUUGCAAGAUCACUUUAGGUCUUGUAUCCUGUCAAUGAGAAGAGUGACAGAUGAUUUAAAGGCAAAGUAUAAAAAGAAACUUGAGGACAUUGACAAAAAGGUUGUCAAAUUAGAAGCGAAAAAUGAAAGUAUGCCGAAAUUGUUGCUUACAAUAAAGCACAUGCUGGAAAAUAGUAAUCAAGGCAGAGAUCAAAUAUCAAUCAACAACAAACUAAUAGUAGGAGGAAAGAUUCAGCUGGACACUUUGCUUUCAAACAUUGUGAAAGAAACAGCAGAAACAAAACAUCUGAAAACAAAACUCUUGGUGGAAAAACAAAACCUGGAAAAACUGAAGAACAACAUUAAACAAGAGAGAGCAUACCUGAGCAAAGCCAAUAUGCUCAUGAGCAAAGAAAAACUAGAGCUGGCCUUGAUGAAGUCUGAUAUGCAAAAACAAUUGAUCACAUUGGAGGAGAAUCAACACAUGAUUAAAGAGGGAAACAUUGACCUUGAAAUCAGAGAAAAUGAGUUAAAAAAGAAAACAAUGGGACUGGACACAAUAGCUGAGAAGAUGAAGAAGGGAAGGGAACAAAUUCACCAGCUAAACAUGGAUGUUGGGACAAAAAGAGAUGAAGUCAAUGAUAACCGAUGUGCAAUGGAACAGCAAAAUAAGGACUUGAGUGUUUUUAGACAGGAACAUUGUCAAAAGAGCAAAGAGAUUGCAUUUGCCAGGACCAAAAUAAGUACAGGGAUGGAAAAGCUACUCAAAAUGAAGGCUACUUUUGAAACUGAAAAAAUACUGCAUGCCAAAGACACGGAGACGAUGGAACAACUACAAUCUGAGCAGAAAGUGUUGCAAGAUCACUUUAGGUCUUGUAUCCUGUCAAUGAGAAGAGUGACAGAUGAUUUAAAGGCAAAGUAUGAAAAGAAACUUGAAGACAUUGACAAAAAGGUUGUCAAAUUAGAAGCGAAAAAUGAAGGUAUGCCGAAAUUGUUGCUUAAAUUUAAGCACAUGCUGGAAGAUAGUAAUCAAGGCAGAGAUCGAAUAUCAAUCAACAACAAACUAAUAGUAGGAGGAAAGAUUCAGCUGGACAAUUUGCUUUCAAAUGUAUUGAAAGAAUCAGAAGAAAUAAAACAUCUAAAAACAAAACUUUUGGGGGAAAAACAAAACCUGGACAAACUAAAUAACAACAUUAAACAAGAGAAAGAAAUCCUGAGCAAAGCUAUUGAGUUCAUGAGCAAAGAAAAACUGGAGCUUGUUUUGAUGAAGUCUGAUAUGCAAAAACAAAUGAUCGCAUUGAAAGAGAAUCAACGCAUGGCCAAAGAGAGAUACAGUGACCUUAAAAUCAGAGAAAACGAGUUUAGAAAGAAUAAAACAGGAUUGGACAGAAUAGCUGAGAAGAUGAAGAAAGAGAGGGAACAAAUUCAUCAGCUAAACAUGGACGUUGUGACAAAAAGAGAUGAAGUCAAUGAUAACCGAUUUGCAAUGGAACAGCAAAAUAGGGACUUGAGUGUUCUCAGACAGGAACAUUGUCAAAAGAGCAAAGAGAUUGCAUUUGCCAGAACCAACAUAAGUACAGAGAUGGAAAAGCUACUCAAAAUGAAGGCUGAUUUUGAAACUGAAAAAAUACUGCAUGCCAAAGACACGGAGACGAUGGAACAACGACAAUCUGAGCAGAAAGUGUUGCAAGAUCACUUUAGGUCUUGUAUCCUGUCAAUGAGAAGAGUGACAGAUGAUUUAAAGGCAAAGUAUAAAAAUAAACUUGAAAACAUUGACAAAAAGGUUGUCAAAUUAGAAGCGAAAAAUGAAGGUAUGCCAAAAUUAGUGCUAACAAUAAAGCACAUGCUGGAAAAUAGUAAUCAAGGCAGAGAUCAAAUAUCAAUCAACAACAAACUAAUAGUAGGAGGAAAGAUUCAGCUGGACACUUUGCUUUCAAAUAUUGUGAAAGAAACAGCAGAAACAAAACAUCUGAAAACAAAACUUUUGGUGGAAAAACAAAACCUGGACAAACUGAAGAACAACAUUAAACAAGAGAGAGCAUAUCUGAGCAAAGCCAAUAUGCUCAUGAGCAAAGAAAAACUAGAGCUGGCCUUGAUGAAGUCUGAUAUGCAAAAACAAUUGAUCACAUUGGAGGAGAAUCAACACAUGAUUAUAGAGGGAAACAUUGACCUUGAAAUCAGAGAAAAUGAGUUAAAAAAGAAAACAAUGGGACUGGACACAAUAGCUGAGAAGAUGAAGAAGGGAAGGGAACAAAUUCACCAGCUAAACAUGGAUGUUGGGACAAAAAGGGAUGAAGUCAAUGAUAACCGAUGUGCAAUGGAACAGCAAAAUAAGGACUUGAGUGUUCUCAGACAGGAACAUUGUCAAAAGAGCAAAGAGAUUGCAUUUGCCAGAACAAAAAUAAGUACAAAGAUGGAAAAGUUACUCAAAAUGAAGGCUACUUUUGAAACUGAAAAAAUACUGCAUGCCAAAGACACGGAGACGAUGGAACAACUACAAUCUGAGCAGAAAGUGUUGCAAGAUCACUUUAGGUCUUGUAUCCUGUCAAUGAGAAGAGUGACAGAUGAUUUAAAGGCAAAGUAUGAAAAGAAACUUGAAGACAUUGACAAAAAGGUUGUCAAAUUAGAAGCGAAAAAUGAAGGUAUGCCGAAAUUGUUGCUUAAAUUUAAGCACAUGCUGGAAGAUAGUAAUCAAGGCAGAGAUCGAAUAUCAAUCAACAACAAACUAAUAGUAGGAGGAAAGAUUCAGCUGGACAAUUUGCUUUCAAAUGUAUUGAAAGAAUCAGAAGAAAUAAAACAUCUAAAAACAAAACUUUUGGGGGAAAAACAAAACCUGGACAAACUAAAUAACAACAUUAAACAAGAGAAAGAAAUCCUGAGCAAAGCUAUUGAGUUCAUGAGCAAAGAAAAACUGGAGCUUGUUGUGAUGAAGUCUGAUAUGCAAAAACAAAUGAUCGCAUUGAAAGAGAAUCAACGCAUGGCCAAAGAGAGAUACAGUGACCUUAAAAUCAGAGAAAACGAGUUUAGAAAGAAUAAAACAGGAUUGGACAGAAUAGCUGAGAAGAUGAAGAAAGAGAGGGAACAAAUUCAUCAGCUAAACAUGGACGUUGUGACAAAAAGAGAUGAAGUCAAUGAUAACCGAUUUGCAAUGGAACAGCAAAAUAGGGACUUGAAUGUUCUCAGACAGGAACAUUGUCAAAAGAGCAAAGAGAUUGCAUUUGCCAGAACCAACAUAAGUACAGAGAUGGAAAAGCUACUCAAAAUGAAGGCUGAUUUUGAAACUGAAAAAAUACUGCAUGCCAAAGACACGGAGACGAUGGAACAACUACAAUCUGAGCAGAAAGUGUUGCAAGAUCACUUUAGGUCUUGUAUCCUGUCAAUGAGAAGAGUGACAGAUGAUUUAAAGGCAAAGUAUAAAAAGAAACUUGAGGACAUUGACAAAAAGGUUGUCAAAUUAGAAGCGAAAAAUGAAAGUAUGCCGAAAUUGUUGCUUACAAUAAAGCACAUGCUGGAAAAUAGUAAUCAAGGCAGAGAUCAAAUAUCAAUCAACAACAAACUAAUAGUAGGAGGAAAGAUUCAGCUGGACACUUUGCUUUCAAACAUUGUGAAAGAAACAGCAGAAACAAAACAUCUGAAAACAAAACUCUUGGUGGAAAAACAAAACCUGGAAAAACUGAAGAACAACAUUAAACAAGAGAGAGCAUACCUGAGCAAAGCCAAUAUGCUCAUGAGCAAAGAAAAACUAGAGCUGGCAUUGAUGAAGUCUGAUAUGCAAAAACAAUUGAUCACAUUGGAGGAGAAUCAACACAUGAUUAAAGAGGGAAACAUUGACCUUGAAAUCAGAGAAAAUGAGUUAAAAAAGAAAACAAUGGGACUGGACACAAUAGCUGAGAAGAUGAAGAAGGGAAGGGAACAAAUUCACCAGCUAAACAUGGAUGUUGGGACAAAAAGAGAUGAAGUCAAUGAUAACCGAUGUGCAAUGGAACAGCAAAAUAAGGACUUGAGUGUUUUUAGACAGGAACAUUGUCAAAAGAGCAAAGAGAUUGCAUUUGCCAGGACCAAAAUAAGUACAGGGAUGGAAAAGCUACUCAAAAUGAAGGCUACUUUUGAAACUGAAAAAAUACUGCAUGCCAAAGACACGGAGACGAUGGAACAACUACAAUCUGAGCAGAAAGUGUUGCAAGAUCACUUUAGGUCUUGUAUCCUGUCAAUGAAAAGAGUGACAGAUGAUUUAAAGGCAAAGUAUGAAAAGAAACUUGAAGACAUUGACAAAAAGGUUGUCAAAUUAGAAGCGAAAAAUGAAGGUAUGCCGAAAUUGUUGCUUACAAUAAAGCACAUGCUGGAAAAUAGUAAUCAAGGCAGCGAUCAAAUAUCAAUCAACAACAAACUAAUAGUAGGAGGAAAGAUUCAACUGGACACUUUGCUUUCAAACAUUGUGAAAGAAACAGCAGAAACAAAACAUCUGAAAACAAAACUCUUGGUGGAAAAACAAAACCGGGAAAAACUGAAGAACAACAUUAAACAAGAGAGAGCAUACCUGAGCAAAGCCAAUAUGCUCAUGAGCAAAGAAAAACUAGAGCUGGCCUUGAUGAAGUCUGAUAUGCAAAAACAAUUGAUCACAUUGGAGGAGAAUCAACACAUGAUUAAAGAGGGAAACAUUGACCUUGAAAUCAGAGAAAAUGAGUUAAAAAAGAAAACAAUGGGACUGGACACAAUAGCUGAGAAGAUGAAAAAGGGAAGGGAACAAAUUCACCAGCUAAACAUGGAUGUUGGGACAAAAAGAGAUGAAGUCAAUGAUAACCGAUGUGCAAUGGAACAGCAAAAUAAGGACUUGAGUGUUUUUAGACAGGAACAUUGUCAAAAGAGCAAAGAGAUUGCAUUUGCCAGGACCAAAAUAAGUACAGGGAUGGAAAAGCUACUCAAAAUGAAGGCUACUUUUGAAACUGAAAAAAUACUGCAUGCCAAAGACACGGAGACGAUGGAACAACUACAAUCUGAGCAGAAAGUGUUGCAAGAUCACUUUAGGUCUUGUAUCCUGUCAAUGAGAAGAGUGACAGAUGAUUUAAAGGCAAAGUAUGAAAAGAAACUUGAAGACAUUGACAAAAAGGUUGUCAAAUUAGAAGCGAAAAAUGAAGGUAUGCCGAAAUUGUUGCUUAAAUUUAAGCACAUGCCGGAAGAUAGUAAUCAAGGCAGAGAUCGAAUAUCAAUCAACACCAAACUAAUAGUAGGAGGAAAGAUUCAGCUGGACAAUUUGCUUUCAAAUGUAUUGAAAGAAUCAGAAGAAAUAAAACAUCUAAAAACAAAACUUUUGGGGGAAAAACAAAACCUGGACAAACUAAAUAACAACAUUAAACAAGAGAAAGAAAUCCUGAGCAAAGCUAUUGAGUUCAUGAGCAAAGAAAAACUGGAGCUUGUUUUGAUGAAGUCUGAUAUGCAAAAACAAAUGAUCGCAUUGAAAGAGAAUCAACGCAUGGCCAAAGAGAGAUACAGUGACCUUAAAAUCAGAGAAAACGAGUUUAGAAAGAAUAAAACAGGAUUGGACAGAAUAGCUGAGAAGAUGAAGAAAGAGAGGAAACAAAUUCAUCAGCUAAACAUGGACGUUGUGACAAAAAGAGAUGAAGUCAAUGAUAACCGAUUUGCAAUGGAACAGCAAAAUAGGGACUUGAAUGUUCUCAGACAGGAACAUUGUCAAAAGAGCAAAGAGAUUGCAUUUGCCAGAACCAACAUAAGUACAGAGAUGGAAAAGCUACUCAAAAUGAAGGCUGAUUUUGAAACUGAAAAAAUACUGCAUGCCAAAGACACGGAGACGAUGGAACAACGACAAUCUGAGCAGAAAGUGUUGCAAGAUCACUUUAGGUCUUGUAUCCUGUCAAUGAGAAGAGUGACAGAUGAUUUAAAGGCAAAGUAUAAAAAUAAACUUGAAAACAUUGACAAAAAGGUUGUCAAAUUAGAAGCGAAAAAUGAAGGUAUGCCAAAAUUAGUGCUAACAAUAAAGCACAUGCUGGAAAAUAGUAAUCAAGGCAGAGAUCAAAUAUCAAUCAACAACAAACUAAUAGUAGGAGGAAAGAUUCAGCUGGACACUUUGCUUUCAAAUAUUGUGAAAGAAACAGCAGAAACAAAACAUCUGAAAACAAAACUGUUGGUGGAAAAACAAAACCUGGACAAACUGAAGAACAACAUUAAACAAGAGAGAGCAUACCUGAGCAAAGCCAAUAUGCUCAUGAGCAAAGAAAAACUAGAGCUGGCCUUGAUGAAGUCUGAUAUGCAAAAACAAUUGAUCACAUUGGAGGAGAAUCAACACAUGAUUAAAGAGGGAAACAUUGACCUUGAAAUCAGAGAAAAAGAGUUAAAAAAGAAAACAAUGGGACUGGACACAAUAGCUGAGAAGAUGAAGAAGGGAAGGGAACAAAUUCACCAGCUAAACAUGGAUGUUGGGACGAAAAGAGAUGAAGUCAAUGAUAACCGAUGUGCAAUGGAACAGCAAAAUAAGGACUUGAGUGUUCUCAGACAGGAACAUUGUCAAAAGAGCAAAGAGAUUGCAUUUGCCAGAACAAAAAUAAGUACAAAGAUGGAAAAGUUACCCAAAAUGAAGGCUACUUUUGAAACUGAAAAAAUACUGCAUGCCAAAGACACGGAGACGAUGGAACAACUACAAUCUGAGCAGAAAGUGUUGCAAGAUCACUUUAGGUCUUGUAUCCUGUCAAUGAGAAGAGUGACAGAUGAUUUAAAGGCAAAGUAUGAAAAGAAACUUGAAGACAUUGACAAAAAGGUUGUCAAAUUAGAAGUGAAAAAUGAAGGUAUGCCGAAAUUGUUGCUUAAAUUUAAGCAGAUGCUGGAAGAUAGUAAUCAAGGCAGAAAUCAAAUAUCAAUCAACAACAAACUAAUAGGAGGAAAAAUUCAGCUGGACAAUUUGCUUUCAAAUGUAGUGAAAGAAUCAGAAGAAAUAAAACAUCUGAAAACAAAACUUUUGGUGGAAAAACAAAACCUCGACAAACUGAAGAACAACAUUAAACAAGAGAAAGAAAUCCUGAUCAAAGCCAAUGAGCUCAUGAGCAAAGAAAAACUGGAGCUUGUUUUGAUGAAGUCUGAUAUGCAAAAACAAAUGAUCGCAUUGAAAGAGAAUCAACGCAUGACCAAAGAGAGAUACAGUGACCUUAAAAUCAGAGAAAAUGAGUUUAGAAAGAAUAAAACAGGAUUGGACAGAAUAGCUGAGAAGAUGAAGAAAGAGAGGGAACAAGUUCAUCAGCUAAUCAUGGACGUUGUGACAAAAAGAGAUGAAGACAAUGAUAACCGAUUUGCAAUGGAACAGCAAAAUAGGGACUUGAGUGUUCUCAGACAGGAACAUUGUGAAAAGAGCAAAGAGAUUGCAUUUGCCAGGACCAAAAUACGUACAGAUAUGGAAAAGCUACUCAAAAUGAAGGCUGAUUUUGAAACUGAAAAAAUACUGCACACCAAAGACACAGAGACGAUGCAACAACUGCAAUCUAAACAGAAGGUGUUGCAAGAUUACUUUAAGUCUUGUAUCCUGUCAAUUGAAAGAGUGAGAAAUGAUUUAAAGGCAAAGUAUAAAAAGAAACUUGAAGACAUUGACAAAAAUGUUGUCAAAUUAGAAGCGAAAAAUGAAGGUAUGCCGAAAUUGUUGCUUACAAUAAAGCACAUGCUGGAAAAUAGUAAUCAAGGCAGAGAUCAAAUAUCAAUCAACAACAAACUAAUAGUAGGAGGAAAGAUUCAGCUGGACAAUUUGCUUUCAAAUGUAUUGAAAGAAUCAGAAGAAAUAAAACAUCUAAAAAAUAAACUUUUGGAGGAAAAACAAAACCUGGACAAACUAAAGAACAACAUUAAACAAGAGGAAGAAAUCCUGAGCAAAGCCAAUGAGUUCAUGAGCAAAGAAAAACUGGAGCUUGUUUUGAUAAGGUCUGAUAUGCAAAAACAAAUGAUCGCAUUGAAAGAGAAUCAACGCAUGACCAAAGAGAGAUACAGUGACCUUAAAAUCAGAGAAAACGAGUUUAGAAAGAUUAAAACAGGAUUGGACAGAAUAGCUGAGAAGAUGAAGAAAGAGAGGGAACAAAUUCAUCAGCUAAUCAUGGACGUUGUGACAAAAAGAGAUGAAGUCAAUGAUAACCGAUUUGCAAUGGAACAGCAAAAUAGGGACUUGAGUGUUCUCAGACAGGAACAUUGUCAAAAGAGCAAAGAGAUUGCAUUUGCCAGAACCAACAUAAGUACAGAGAUGGAAAAGCUACUCAAAAUGAAGGCUGAUUUUGAAACUGAAAAAAUACUGCAUGCCAAAGACACGGAGACGAUGGAACAACGACAAUCUGAGCAGAAAGUGUUGCAAGAUCACUUUAGGUCUUGUAUCCUGUCAAUGAGAAGAGUGACAGAUGAUUUAAAGGCAAAGUAUAAAAAGAAACUUGAGGACAUUGACAAAAAGGUUGUCAAAUUAGAAGCGAAAAAUGAAAGUAUGCCGAAAUUGUUGCUUACAAUAAAGCACAUGCUGGAAAAUAGUAAUCAAGGCAGAGAUCAAAUAUCAAUCAACAACAAACUAAUAGUAGGAGGAAAGAUUCAGCUGGACACUUUGCUUUCAAACAUUGUGAAAGAAACAGCAGAAACAAAACAUCUGAAAACAAAACUCUUGGUGGAAAAACAAAACCUGGAAAAACUGAAGAACAACAUUAAACAAGAGAGAGCAUACCUGAGCAAAGCCAAUAUGCUCAUGAGCAAAGAAAAACUAGAGCUGGCCUUGAUGAAGUCUGAUAUGCAAAAACAAUUGAUCACAUUGGAGGAGAAUCAACACAUGAUUAAAGAGGGAAACAUUGACCUUGAAAUCAGAGAAAAUGAGUUAAAAAAGAAAACAAUGGGACUGGACACAAUAGCUGAGAAGAUGAAGAAGGGAAGGGAACAAAUUCACCAGCUAAACAUGGAUGUUGGGACAAAAAGAGAUGAAGUCAAUGAUAACCGAUGUGCAAUGGAACAGCAAAAUAAGGACUUGAGUGUUUUUAGACAGGAACAUUGUCAAAAGAGCAAAGAGAUUGCAUUUGCCAGGACCAAAAUAAGUACAGGGAUGGAAAAGCUACUCAAAAUGAAGGCUACUUUUGAAACUGAAAAAAUACUGCAUGCCAAAGACACGGAGACGAUGGAACAACUACAAUCUGAGCAGAAAGUGUUGCAAGAUCACUUUAGGUCUUGUAUCCUGUCAAUGAGAAGAGUGACAGAUGAUUUAAAGGCAAAGUAUGAAAAGAAACUUGAAGACAUUGACAAAAAGGUUGUCAAAUUAGAAGCGAAAAAUGAAGGUAUGCCGAAAUUGUUGCUUAAAUUUAAGCACAUGCUGGAAGAUAGUAAUCAAGGCAGAGAUCGAAUAUCAAUCAACAACAAACUAAUAGUAGGAGGAAAGAUUCAGCUGGACAAUUUGCUUUCAAAUGUAUUGAAAGAAUCAGAAGAAAUAAAACAUCUAAAAACAAAACUUUUGGGGGAAAAACAAAACCUGGACAAACUAAAUAACAACAUUAAACAAGAGAAAGAAAUCCUGAGCAAAGCUAUUGAGUUCAUGAGCAAAGAAAAACUGGAGCUUGUUUUGAUGAAGUCUGAUAUGCAAAAACAAAUGAUCGCAUUGAAAGAGAAUCAACGCAUGGCCAAAGAGAGAUACAGUGACCUUAAAAUCAGAGAAAACGAGUUUAGAAAGAAUAAAACAGGAUUGGACAGAAUAGCUGAGAAGAUGAAGAAAGAGAGGGAACAAAUUCAUCAGCUAAACAUGGACGUUGUGACAAAAAGAGAUGAAGUCAAUGAUAACCGAUUUGCAAUGGAACAGCAAAAUAGGGACUUGAGUGUUCUCAGACAGGAACAUUGUCAAAAGAGCAAAGAGAUUGCAUUUGCCAGAACCAACAUAAGUACAGAGAUGGAAAAGCUACUCAAAAUGAAGGCUGAUUUUGAAACUGAAAAAAUACUGCAUGCCAAAGACACGGAGACGAUGGAACAACGACAAUCUGAGCAGAAAGUGUUGCAAGAUCACUUUAGGUCUUGUAUCCUGUCAAUGAGAAGAGUGACAGAUGAUUUAAAGGCAAAGUAUAAAAAUAAACUUGAAAACAUUGACAAAAAGGUUGUCAAAUUAGAAGCGAAAAAUGAAGGUAUGCCAAAAUUAGUGCUAACAAUAAAGCACAUGCUGGAAAAUAGUAAUCAAGGCAGAGAUCAAAUAUCAAUCAACAACAAACUAAUAGUAGGAGGAAAGAUUCAGCUGGACACUUUGCUUUCAAAUAUUGUGAAAGAAACAGCAGAAACAAAACAUCUGAAAACAAAACUUUUGGUGGAAAAACAAAACCUGGACAAACUGAAGAACAACAUUAAACAAGAGAGAGCAUAUCUGAGCAAAGCCAAUAUGCUCAUGAGCAAAGAAAAACUAGAGCUGGCCUUGAUGAAGUCUGAUAUGCAAAAACAAUUGAUCACAUUGGAGGAGAAUCAACACAUGAUUAUAGAGGGAAACAUUGACCUUGAAAUCAGAGAAAAUGAGUUAAAAAAGAAAACAAUGGGACUGGACACAAUAGCUGAGAAGAUGAAGAAGGGAAGGGAACAAAUUCACCAGCUAAACAUGGAUGUUGGGACAAAAAGGGAUGAAGUCAAUGAUAACCGAUGUGCAAUGGAACAGCAAAAUAAGGACUUGAGUGUUCUCAGACAGGAACAUUGUCAAAAGAGCAAAGAGAUUGCAUUUGCCAGAACAAAAAUAAGUACAAAGAUGGAAAAGUUACUCAAAAUGAAGGCUACUUUUGAAACUGAAAAAAUACUGCAUGCCAAAGACACGGAGACGAUGGAACAACUACAAUCUGAGCAGAAAGUGUUGCAAGAUCACUUUAGGUCUUGUAUCCUGUCAAUGAGAAGAGUGACAGAUGAUUUAAAGGCAAAGUAUGAAAAGAAACUUGAAGACAUUGACAAAAAGGUUGUCAAAUUAGAAGCGAAAAAUGAAGGUAUGCCGAAAUUGUUGCUUAAAUUUAAGCAGAUGCUGGAAGAUAGUAAUCAAGGCAGAAAUCAAAUAUCAAUCAACAACAAACUAAUAGGAGGAAAAAUUCAGCUGGACAAUUUGCUUUCAAAUGUAGUGAAAGAAUCAGAAGAAAUAAAACAUCUGAAAACAAAACUUUUGGUGGAAAAACAAAACCUGGACAAACUGAAGAACAACAUUAAACAAGAGAAAGAAAUCCUGAUCAAAGCCAAAGAGCUCAUGAGCAAAGAAAAACUGGAGCUUGUUUUGAUGAAGUCUGAUAUGCAAAAACAAAUGAUCGCAUUGAAAGAGAAUCAACGCAUGACCAAAGAGAGAUACAGUGACCUUAAAAUCAGAGAAAAUGAGUUUAGAAAGAAUAAAAAAGGAUUGAACAGAAUAGCUGAGAAGAUGAAGAAAGAGAGGGAACAAAUUCAUCAGCUAAUCAUGGACGUUGUGACAAAAAGAGAUGAAGACAAUGAUAACCGAUUUGCAAUGGAACAGCAAAAUAGGGACUUGAGUGUUCUCAGACAGGAACAUUGUGAAGAGAGCAAAGAGAUUGCAUUUGCCAGGACCAAAAUACGUACAGAUAUGGAAAAGCUACUCAAAAUGAAGGCUGAUUUUGAAACUGAAAAAAUACUGCACGCCAAAGACACAGAGACGAUGCAACAACUGCAAUCUAAACAGAAGGUGUUGCAAGAUUACUUUAAGUCUUGUAUCCUGUCAAUUGAAAGAGUGAGAUAUGAUUUAAAGGCAAAGUAUAAAAAGAAACUUGAAGACAUUGACAAAAAUGUUGUCAAAUUAGAAGCGAAAAAUGAAGGUAUGCCGAAAUUGUUGCUUACAAUAAAGCACAUGCUGGAAAAUAGUAAUCAAGGCAGAGAUCAAAUAUCAAUCAACAACAAACUAAUAGUAGGAGGAAAGAUUCAGCUGGACACUUUGCUUUCAAACAUUGUGAAAGAAACAGCAGAAACAAAACAUCUGAAAACAAAACUUUUGGUGGAAAAACAAAACCUGGACAAACUGAAGAACAACAUUAAACAAGAGAGAGCAUAUCUGAGCAAAGCCAAUAUGCUCAUGAGCAAAGAAAAACUAGAGCUGGCCUUGAUGAAGUCUGAUAUGCAAAAACAAUUGAUCACAUUGGAGGAGAAUCAACACAUGAUUAUAGAGGGAAACAUUGACCUUGAAAUCAGAGAAAAUGAGUUAAAAAAGAAAACAAUGGGACUGGACACAAUAGCUGAGAAGAUGAAGAAGGGAAGGGAACAAAUUCACCAGCUAAACAUGGAUGUUGGGACAAAAAGGGAUGAAGUCAAUGAUAACCGAUGUGCAAUGGAACAGCAAAAUAAGGACUUGAGUGUUUUUAGACAGGAACAUUGUCAAAAGAGCAAAGAGAUUGCAUUUGCCAGGACCAAAAUAAGUACAGGGAUGGAAAAGCUACUCAAAAUGAAGGCUGAUUUUGAAACUGAAAAAAUACUGCAUGCCAAAGACACGGAGACGAUGGAACAACUACAAUCUGAGCAGAAGGUGUUGCAAGAUCACUUUAGGUCUUGUAUCCUGUCAAUGAGAAGAGUGACAGAUGAUUUAAAGGCAAAGUAUGAAAAGAAACUUGAAGACAUUGACAAAAAGGUUGUCAAAUUAGAAGCGAAAAAUGAAGGUAUGCCGAAACUGUUGCUUACAAUAAAGCACAUGCUGGAAAAUAGUAAUCAAGGCAGAGAUCAAAUAUCAAUCAACAACAAACUAAUAGUAGGAGGAAAGAUUCAGCUGGACAAUUUGCUUUCAAAUGUAUUGACAGAAUCAGAAGAAAUAAAACAUCUAAAAAUUAAACUUUUGGAGGAAAAACAAAACCUGGACAAACUAAAGAACAACAUUAAACAAGAGGAAGAAAUCCUGAGCAAAGCCAAUGAGUUCAUGAGCAAAGAAAAACUGGAGCUUGUUUUGAUAAGGUCUGAUAUGCAAAAACAAAUGAUCGCAUUGAAAGAGAAUCAACGCAUGACCAAAGAGAGAUACAGUGACCUUAAAAUCAGAGAAAACGAGUUUAGAAAGAAUAAAACAGGAUUGGACAGAAUAGCUGAGAAGAUGAAGAAAGAGAGGGAACAAAUUCAUCAGCUAAUCAUGGACGUUGUGACAAAAAGAGAUAAAGUCAAUGAUAACCGAUGUGCAAUGGAACAGCAAAAUAGGGACUUGAGUGUUCUCAGACAGGAACAUUGUCAAAAGAGCAAAGAGAUUGCAUUUGCCAGAACCAACAUAAGUACAGAGAUGGAAAAGCUACUCAAAAUGAAGGCUGAUUUUGAAACUGAAAAAAUACUGCAUGCCAAAGACACGGAGACGAUGGAACAACGACAAUCUGAUCAGAAAGUGUUGCAAGAUCACUUUAGGUCUUGUAUCCUGUCAAUGAGAAGAGUGACAGAUGAUUUAAAGGCAAAGUAUAAAAAGAAACUUGAGGACAUUGACAAAAAGGUUGUCAAAUUAGAAGCGAAAAUUGAAACAAAAUAG